AUGGCAGAUUUGUUCGGUAACAGCAAUGUCGGCAACAAUAACAACGACAACCUUGGACGCCAUCUCCGACCCGACAGACUGCCGACAGCCGCCGCCGCCACCGCUGUCACCACCACUUCUUCCUCAGACACAAACAUAAACGCAGACCUUGCCGUCGCCGCCACUAUAGCUACCACUGUGACAGCCUCAGCCUCGGCCGCAGCCGCAGGAGCCUCAUCGUCCGUGUCCCCGAAACCGACCAAGCGGUCCUCGGCGACAACAUGCGUCACCUGUCGAGCCCGUAAGGUUCGCUGCGAUGGCCGACGGGAUGUCUGUAGCAAUUGCGAACGCCUCGGCUUCUCAUGCACGUAUGAGGAUUCUACUUCUGAUGCCAAUGGCCUCGUCGCCGCCCCUACAUUUCCCCUGCCGAGACGCCGUGUUCGCCAAGCAUGUCAGAGUUGUCAUUCCCGGAAAGCCCGCUGUAGCGGUCACACCCCGGCCUGCGAUCGAUGUCGCGCCCAAGGGAUCGAGUGCGUCUAUCGGGCGUCUAAGCGGACGCGAAUGGGCACCAACCCUCUCGGCCGCGGCGACCACGGCGACCAGAUCAUAAGAUCACCAACCUCAUCGACCUCGGUUACGGCCACCCACCGUGACCAACUGAACCGUCGGUCGCUGUCGCGGGAAGAAGCGGUUCAUGAUUCUGACGCCGCUGGGCUCGAUGUCGUCACCUCCAAUACACCGAGUACCUUCAAUCAUGACUUGUCUGUCACUGAUCGCCAAUUUGAGUCUCUCAUAAGCCGGGCAUUGGACAACUUCUUCCGUCAUGUUCAUCACAUUCCAAUGCUGUCGUUUCUCCACCGAGCCUCUCUCAUGCAGAGGCAUCAUGCAGGGGGCUUAGACCGUCCCCUACUACUUGCUCUCAUCGGCAUCACUAGCGUGCUCACCGACCUGGGUCCGGGAACAAGAGAUUAUGGAGAAAAAUGUAUCCAAGAGUCCGAAUCUCUAAUCCUCAAGAGUCUAGAGAACGCUUCAACCAUCAAAGUCCAGACUCUCGCACUCAUCAUCAAAUACCGCAUCUUGACCCGUCGCUUCUCAAGUGCCUUCAUGCUGGCCGCUACUGCGGCGCGAUUCGCCACGGCUCUCCGGCUCAACUACGAAAACCCGGACCUCUGCUUUUUGGCACAGGAAUCAAGGCGUCGACUCAUGUGGGCGCUUUUCAUGAUAGACCAAGGCAUGGCCGGGGGCUACCGGGACCUCACCUUGUGGACCCCCGAGACCAUUCACAUUUCGCUCCCUUGUAACGAGAGAGACUUCGAGUUCGACCUUGCCCCGCCUUCCUUGCGGCCGCUGAUCCCUAGCCCGGAUGAGUCCGAGAACGAUGACAUUGGCAGUUUGGCACUGCACGUGCGCAUCCUCUGGCUGCGUGGCAGAAUUCUCAAGUUCGCCAAGAGAGCCUCCAACUGCUCUCACGAAGACCUUGGGCGACUCCAGGAACAACUAGAAGCGUUCGCCAAGGAACUUGCAGACUUUGCCGAGCGAUUGCCAGUAUCUUUUCGCUGGUCUGACAACAGCUUGCGGUUGAGGGCAUACUCGCCCCGUCUCUGUGUCUUCAUCAUGAUACAUGUCUGGUGGCGGCAGUGCAAUUGCGAUCUCUUCAGGAUAGGACUGGUUGGGCUCCGCGAUUCGCUAUCGCGAUCCACCUCGGAGCGGCUGGGGCCUGGUUUCAUCGCCAGAUGCCAACGGCAAUGCUUUGAGCACGCAAUGGAAAUGUCCAACAUGUUUACCUCCAUUAAGCAACUGGACCACUAUCCCGUCGCAGAUCUGGAUAUGCCCGUCUGUGCUUACCAGUGUAUCCGGAUGCUGUAUUAUAUCUACCAUCUCAACGCGGAAGAGUACGGACUCACGCCGGAUAUACUCCGCAAGAAGGCUUCUGUUUGCCUUGAUGUGACCAAGGGGUGCUGUUCUGGCACGGCAGCAGUCUCGAUCCAAGCCGAUCUACAAAGGCUCAUGGAUCACGGACUCUCGAUACAGGCCACGCCGAGCCGAUUGCUCAGCGAAGAGCCCCCCAACGACGGAAGAAACGGCAACGGGGCCAAACGCGUCCGCCUCAGCCGCGCGAAGCAAGUGCAGUUGGUCGAAGAUCCCGACAGCGGUGCACCUGCUGCGGAUGAGCUCACGAACCGACCCUUCGGCAUCGGCGCGUGGGAAGACAUACAGGUACCCGAGACUGAGAAGCCGGUUGAACAGGCUCCUGUGCCUCCACAACCUACAUCGAUCGGCUCGCUGGAAGUCAAUAAUGCGUUUGAGGGUGCCCUUGACAGCCUCGAUUUCAACAUGGAACCCAUGGGUUUGGAUUCGCUGGCGUGGUUCUCCAACGAGUGGGCACACGGAGACUUUCAGGGGGAGUUCUGA